AUGCAAACUUCUCGCAACAUUGUCGAACGUAUUGUUGAGACAAAGGAAGUUGUCUAUGGCAUUAGCACUGGAUUUGGAGAAUUUAAAAAUGUUGUCAUUAAUCAUGAUUCCUUGUCUGAAUUGCAAUACAAUUUGAUAAGAUCACAUUGUUGUGGAACUGGAAACAUGUUAGAAAAACCUCUCGUGAGAAUGCUUUUAGCAAAUAGAAUCAAUACUUUGGCCUCAGGAAAGACUGGUGUUCGUCCAUGUCUUGUCGACACACUCCUCCAAAUGCUCAACAAGAAUUGUCUUCCUGUUGUUUAUGAAAAGGGAAGUGUAGGUGCUUCUGGUGAUUUGGCUCCUCUCUCUCAUAUUGCUUUGGGAGCUCUUGGUGAAGGACUCAUGCAUCAUCCAACGAAUGGCACGAUUGAACAUGCAGAAAAGGUAUUGAAAGAACACAAGAUCACACCCAUUGACUUGAAAGCAAAAGAAGGUCUCGCAUUAAUUAAUGGUACUCAGUUCAUUAGUGCUCUCGGUGCGCAAGCCAUUGUGAAAGCAGAACGUCUCAUGCAAAUUGCUACCCUUGUAGCUUGUGUCACGUUCGAAUCGCUCAAUGCAACUCCCAAUGCUUUGGAUGCUCGUAUUCAUCAAGCUCGUGGACAUUCAGGACAAAUGCAUGUUGCUUCAGUGAUGAGAAAUGUUUUGCUUCAUGGAGUUGAGAAUGGAUAUGUUGUUUCUCCCAUCACUGAAUCAUUGAACAGGCAUCCAAAGGUUCAAGAUGCUUAUUCUUUGAGAUGUAUUCCACAAGUGCAUGGAAUUGUGCAUGAUACGAUCGAGUUUUGUAAAAAGCUCAUAGAUACCGAGUUGAAUGCUGUUACUGAUAAUCCAAUGGUAUUCAUUGAGGGAACAGGGUCUGAUAUUCCUCAACUUGCAAAUCUUGUCCCUUAUACCUCAAGUAUGAACGAUCAUGUACAAGAUAAUUUCACUCUUUUUCACACGGACACAGAAGACAUUAAACAUAUUGUCAGUGGAGGAAACUUUCAUGGGGAGUAUCCUGCAAAAGCCAUGGACUUCCUUGCCAUUGGAGUUCAUGAAUUAGCAAAUAUCAGUGAGAGAAGAAUUAAUCGAUUGGUAGAUGGAAAAUUGAGUGGAUUGCCAUUCUUCCUCAUUGAGAACGGAGGUCUUAACAGUGGAUUCAUGAUUCCACAAUACACUGCUGCAGCAUUGACAAGUGAAAAUAAGGUUUUGGUGCAUCCAAGUUCUUCUGAUACUAUCUCCACAUCUGCAUCAUCAGAAGAUCAUGUCUCGAUGGGCCCAUAUGCGAGUAGAAAAUGUUUGGAAGUUAUUGCAAAUGUUGAGACAGUGAUUGCUAUUGAAUUGAUGGCAGCUUGUCAAGCAUUGGAUUUGAGAAGACAAAAUGCCUCUCCCAUUGUUGAGAAGGUCAAACAAUUGGUUCGACAACAUGUUCCGUAUAUUGAGAAGGAUGUUGUAAUGCAUCCAUUGAUUGAAAAGGUUGUUGAAUUGGUCAGAGAUGGAUCUGUUUUAAAGUGUGCCGGAAUAACUGAAAAUCACCACAAUUAA